AUCAGCUUCUACAAUACCAUCAUGAAUUGCCCGCAGGAUUGGCCUGAGCCUAUUGUCCGAGUACAGUCCCUGUCGGAAAAAGGCGUCGUGCCUGACCGCUACAUCAAGCCCUUAACGGAAAGACCAAGCUCCGACCACCCCAUCCACGCCAAUAUCCCCAUCAUCGACUUCCAACCCUUGCUUUCAUCAUCAUCAGACGACGACGAUGGCCUUCGUGCCGCCACACUUGAUAAAAUCUCAGAGGCUUGCCGGGACUGGGGCUUCUUUCAGAUUGUGAACCACGGCGUCAGUCCGGAACUGAUGGACAAGACGCAGAAGGUUUGGCGGGAGUUUUUCCAUUUGCCGAUGGAGAUGAAGCAGGCCUAUGCUAACUCACCCAAGACUUAUGAAGGGUAUGGGAGCAGGCUUGGAGUUGAGAAAGGCGCCAUUCUUGAUUGGAGUGACUACUAUUUCCUUCACUUUCUUCCCUUUUGUUUGAAGGAUUACAACAAGUGGCCUGCUUCCAUCCCAGACGGCAGGGAAGUGAUAGAUGAGUAUGGGAGAGAAGUAGUCAAGCUGUGUGGGAGAUUGAUGAAGGCUUUAUCACUGAACCUUGGAUUAGGGGAAGAUUUUCUUCAAACCAAAUUUGGAGGGCAAGAUAUUGGAGCUUGUCUAAGAGUGAACUUCUACCCCAAGUGUCCUCAGCCAGACCUCACUCUUGGUCUCUCAUCGCACUCAGACCCAGGAGGCAUGACUUUGCUGCUCUGCGAUGAACAUGUCGCCGGUCUUCAAGUCCGGAAAGAUAACAGUUGGAUCACUGUGAAACCAGCUCCCCAUGCUUUUAUCGUCAAUAUCGGAGAUCAAAUUCAGGUUUUGAGUAAUGCAACGUACAAGAGCGUUGAGCAUAGAGUGAUCGUAAAUCCAGCCAAGGAGCGACUGUCAUUGGCAUUCUUCUACAAUCCAAAGAGUGACAUACCCAUCGAGCCGGCGAAAGAGCUUGUCACGGCGGAUAGACCUGCGUUAUACCCGCCGAAGACAUUUGACGAAUACCGGCUUUACAUAAGAUUGAGGGGUCCGAAGGGAAAAUCUCAAGUAGACUCCUCAAAAUGUAUGCGAGGAUGAUUUAUAGUGGAUACAGAUUUAAUUUCUUUACUGUAAAUCACAUGAUUUGAACAUCUAUUCAAUCCCUUCAUUUGAGUUUGAUUGUACAAGUUGUAGUCAUAAAGGGAUUAGACAGAUGAAUCUGAUUGAGGAUAACAUCACCAGCCAACAGAGUAUAGUGAAAACUAAUUAACUAAAGAAAAGUUAUUGAAUUGGCUUC